GGCGGGAUUUGGGGCGGCAUUAUUGGCGGGCGGUAAUGCGGGAAGGCCGCACUCCCCGGUUCAGUGAUGGAGCAGUGGAGGUUCUGCUGGAGAGGGUGAGGGCUCACCGGGAGAUCCUGUUCCCCUGGGAGGGGAGGAAUGUUCCCAGGGAGAUGGUUCACCAGGCCUGGAUGGAUGUGGCCCUGAGUGUUAAUGCCCGGAGUGAGGUACCAAAAACCUGGCUCCAGUGCAGGAAGAAGUUCAACGGGCUGACCUGGACAGCCAAGGAGAAGCUGGCCCGCAGAGCCCGCAAGAGGAGCAGCGCCGGGGAGCGGCCCCCCUCCAUCCUCGAUCUCACCCAGAUGGAGCAGGAAGCACUGGACAUCAUCGGGCCCAACAGCAGGCGAGGCGUCGAGAAUGGCGAGGCAGGAGGUCGCGUCCCGCAAGGUCUGUCCCGUUACCUGGGCCUCACCGGGCAGGAGUUGGAGGAGCACCACCUUUUGGAGGACGCCCCCUCACCGGCUCCCUCCUUCCAGUACGCCGGCAGGGAAAUCAGCCUGGCCGACGGCAGAGACGGCGAGCUUGAAGGACCCACACAAGGUGAACUGUUCGGCAGCAGCGAGCAGGAGCUGAGCAUCCUGGAGAGGACAGUGCAGGACGCAGACGGCCACAGGGCCAACUCCAUCCCCAGCUACGUCGAGGAGGACAAAGAUGCUGAUUUCAGCGGCCCGGCUUUCAAAAGGAGGAUUUUCCAGGAGCACCACCAGCUCCUGGAGGCUCUGGACAGCCUGCCCAGGAGCUGCCUUACCCUGUCCGAGAGCAUGGAGGAGUCUGCCUCCAUACUGUGCGGUGUCGUGGCGCAGGGCAUCAGCACCCUGCAGUCCACCAUGGAGCACGUGGUGAGCUCGGUGGACGCGGCGGUGAGGCCCUCCGCCCAGGAGCCGGUGGCACCAGCGCUGGCAUCGUUGAUCGAGGCUCAAACCGGUGCCAUCGAGGCUCUGGCCUGCACCAUCUCCUCCGGCCUGGAAAGGCUGGGGACGCGCAUCGACCGGGGCUUCGGCCGGGUCACCGACCUCCUGCAGUCCACCGUGCCACGGCCGGGCGGCGGCGGUGCCGGCUCACCGCCGGGUGGCGCCACAGGAGGGGCACACCCCGCCCUCCCUCCGGACACCGGCACGCCGGCCCCCUCGCCGCACGGCCAAGCGCCCUCUGCCCUGGAGGCAGCAGUGAUACUGCGCUCGGAGGUGAGGUCCCCUCGUGCCCGGGCCCUUCGGGAUCGCUCGCUAUGAGCAUCUGACCCGCCCAGAGUGAGUCACGGUCACCACCUACUGGUGUGGUGAGGGGGGGUGGGGUGGGA